CGGCUGUGAUGGAGUUGGCAGAAAAGCCCGAUCUUUGGUUUGGCUGGGUGGAGAGGACCAGCCCCUCUGGCGUCAUCCCGCCAUUCCACAGAGUCUUCACUUUCCGUGCUGUGCCAUGGAAAACUCCGUGUGUCGCGAGGAAUCAGGCUGAUCGGCUAUAGGCUGACCUCAAGGAAUGCAGUCCAGCAAACUCUCAGAUGAUGUGGAGGGAAAUCCUGACAGGGUGGAUCCCUUCUACCAGCAAGGCAAAGUGGCUUGUGUCAUGUUCACGGUUCUCCUCCUCCUUUCGUUCUUGGUGAUAGGAAUCGUAACAGGUCUCAACUUCAAGAAGAAUCCACAAGAGGAUCAGACCAGAGGUCUUCUUUCUGAUGAUUUUACACCAAUCCCGUUCCAGCACAGAGGGCUCUGCUCGGACGGCUGGGUUUUAUAUAAGAACAGCUGUUAUUUGAUAAUAAAUGUCUAUAGGACAUGGGAGUUAUCAAAGUCUUCAUGCCACAACUUCGAGGCGCACUUGAUGGUUGUGAACAGUGAAGAAGAGCUGGAGUUUAUUUCAAGAGUGGUUCAGAAGAAGACUGACUAUUGGAUUGGUCUCAAGAAGGACGAAAUGGGACGGUGGUCCUGGGUUAAUGGAGAUAACUAUCAUUCAAGUCCACAGUUCUGGGAUAAAAAUCAACCUGCUCUUUGGGAUAUGGAGUCCUGUGCUCACUUAAAAGGCUCUGACGCAGUGCAUCGAAAGCUGAUUCAUGAUGCCGACUGUCACAGGAAACUGUAUCACAUUUGUGAACGCAAACUAGAGAAAGGCACGCGGUAGGCAACUUUGCCAUCACGUCAACUUCAUUAGACUCUAUUGAAGCCCCGCUCUGAAUAUGCUCCUACUGAAAUUGUUGUGUUUGUAGAUGUCCUCUUUUUGUUUGUAAGCCGUGCUUGCAUGACCGAUGCACAUUUAAUGUACUUUUGCUAUUCAUAAGUCACUUUUUCUAGUGUUCCUGUGUGUAGUCCUGUUAUAUGAGCGCAUCCAGUUAGGUAAAAUGAUCACUAAUGUGUGUAAUUUGUAAUUAUCUUAAGUAUUAUGCAUUCAUAAUUAGUUAUGUAAUUAAUCGAAAUACAGGGUUAGAGUUAAAGUAAUGCCGACCUCUUUAGGGGAGCCGGAUGAACUGCAAAUAAAAUGAGUCUUUUUAAAGGAGCCAUGACAUAAAAAAACAGGUUUUCUUUAUUUAAUUUUGAAUUUUUUGUAGAGCUUUCAAAUGAUUAAUUGCUAUUAUUCACAUCCAGAAUAAA